AAUCAGGCGUAAAUGUAAGGGUUUAAUGAUCACUUGAGCGGCGAGUUACCUUAUGCUGGACAUAUACAAUCUAUGGCUUACACAGUCCUCUCCAGAAGGUGGCGAUAAUGUUCACAUUGACUCUUUGUGCUAACUACCGGUGAAGCCAGAAGAAGAAUAAACUCAGAGAAGUGAAGAAGGAACAGGAAGAAACAGAAAGCAGGAAAAGCAAACUCCUGUUUAUAAUGGCCACCACAAGGCGACUUGGCAAGGAACUUGAAGAUAUUCGAAAUUCAGGAAUACAACAUUUUCGUAAUUUAAUUGUGGACGAAUCUAAUAUUUUGAACUGGCAAGGCCUCAUUGUUUCUGAUUGUCCUCCAUAUGACAAAGGAGCUUUUCGAAUUGAGAUAGUCUUUCCAGCAGAGUAUCCCUUUAAACCACCAAAAAUCACAUUCAAGACAAAAAUUUACCAUCCAAACAUUGAUGACAAGGGCCAAGUCUGCCUACCCAUCAUAAGUCCUGAGAACUGGAAACCAGCCACCAGAACUUUCCAAGUGAUUCACUCUCUCGUUGCUCUGGUGAACUCCCCAGAGCCUGAACACCCAUUGAGGGCCGAUCUGGCAGAGGAAUACACAAAAGAUCGGGCAAAAUUUAUGAGAAAUGCUGAAGAAUUCACAAAAAAAUACAGUGAAAAGCGACCUGUGGACUGAAAAGACAACAGUGAAAAGUAUCAUUUGACUCUUCAUGUGCUCAUAUACAAGGAGUUUCUACUGUCCAUCAUUUGGCACAUGCCACUCUGACUACAGUGACUGUAAUGGCAUGUUAUUGCCAGGGGUUGGUUGUUCUUAACCUUAGUUCCUAAAACAAGCAAAUAAUAUAUUUUCUUCUUGCAUUUUAUUUUCAAAUUUGAAUUGCCAAGUGAAUGCAAACAGGUUGCAACUGUAGGCUCAAUAUUUACUAUAGAAUUUCAGUGUUUCUGUCUUCUGUCUUCUCUAUUACUUCACUGCCCCCAACACACAACAUAUACCUUUUCUAUUAAUACAAUGUACUGUAACACAUUUCUGCCUAGUAUAACUAAGAGUUAUUGUAAGGAAAGGAAAGUUUAUUAAAAAAAAUACUGUAAACCUCA